AUGAAGACUUUUCAUAAAUGGAAAGUUUCUUCAAUAGUUUGUCUGCUUUUAUUAUUUCAAUUUUCUAAUGCCUCAAAUUAUCCAUCAAGUAUUAAACUAUUGACUGAAGGAAUUGAGGGAAUUCAAGAAGUUGUAGAUAAUAAUAAACCAUCUUUGAAUGUUGUUUAUCCAAAAGAUAAACCAUGUAAUUCUCGUUUUAUUUUAUAUAAAAUUAAACCAACAGAUAGUUUAAAUAUUAGUACAUAUUAUGAGUUUGAUUUGAUAAGAAAAAAUACUGAUGAUAUUAUUUUAAUGUAUAAAUAUGUUCCGGAAUCAGUUUCAGAUAGUUAUUCAUUAGAAUUUAUUGUAUAUUUUCCGGUUACAAUGAUGUCAACUAUGAGAACAUAUUUACCACAACUUACUUAUAAAACAACACCAAAAGAACAUAGACUUGUUUCAAAAUUUAAAAUGACUUUCUUAACAAAUCCAGGAAAUUUAGAUAUGAAACAUUUCUUUAGACAAGAAACUGUAACUGAAGAAAAAUAUGUAGAUAAUUGGGAUAUAUCAAAACAAAUUAAUCCAACAACUAUGGGAUAUGAACUUAAGAUUGUAUUAAUAGGUAUUGGAGAAAAACCAUCAGUUAGUGGAAUUAACAAUCAAAUAACACUUUUUAGAGAAGCAUCACAUGGAGAACGUGUAUCUAUUUUAGUUAAACCUCUUGGACCAAAUGAACGUGGUGAAUGUAAAGAUGUUUCUGAUCAUGAAAUUAUUUAUUAUACAAUGCUUAAUGAAUUUAAUAAGUAUAAAUUUUUUGUUAAUUAUUGUGCUCCAUGGAAAAAAAUUAUGGAUAAAGAAUAUGUAUUAAGAAAGUCAUAUUUUUUCACUAAUCCAUCAAAUAAUCUUCUUUAUAGAACUCUUAGUGUCUAUGUAAUUGGAGCUCCAAAAAAUUUUGAUAUCAAUCUUUUCCCAAAAAUAACAAGUUAUAUUAGUUCUAUAUGGGAAUUUGUUGGUGUUCAAAUUAAAACUGUCUAUACAAGUAUCUAUGAUGAUAUAACAGUUGUAGCAAAAGAUAACAUGCCAACAUUAUAUUUCCGUUGUAAAAAUAAAAAUACAUUUUGUGUUUCAGUAGUUUAUGUUGAUGAAUCUGGUAAAAUGGAUAUUUCAGAAUAUAUUGAUAAAGAAGUAAUAUUUGUUCAGUUAACAAAAUCAACCUCUGGAAAAUAUAAAAUUAUUCUUCAUUAUUAUGGACCUUAUAAUCUUAUUGCUUCAGAAGAUAUUAAAGCAACUAAUGCUUAUAUUAUUAUUCCAGCUACUAAUAGUCUUCUUGAAUCACAUGUUGAAAUGAGAUAUAUUAGUGAACCAUCAACAUUAAGAGAUAGUCUUAAACCACAAAUUUAUAUAGUUUCACCAGGAAGUAAACUUCCAGAAUUGACAACUUUUAAUAAUAAAGAUAUUGAAAUUAAUACAUUACCAGCAAUUAAUCCAACUAUAUGUAUUUUUAAACCAAAAUCAAUUGAAGAAAGAGGUCUUUAUUCAGUUAUUUAUGAACAAGGAUCUGUUCCUCCAACAAAAAUUAUUGAAAAUUCAAUUACUGUUUAUAUUACAAAAAGUAAUUCACAAAAAGUUAUUAAUCAUAAAUUUAUUUAUCUUAAUAUUGGAGAAAAACCACAAAUUCCAACAGAUAGUAAAGAAAUUGUUAUAUUUAUACAAUUUGUAAAAAUAUUUGAAACUGAAAAUAAGUAUAACAUAAUGUUUUAUGUAUUUGUUCCAUGGAAUCAUAUUAUUCAAAAUAAUUUAGAAUUACCAGAAUUAAGAAUAAUAUCUCCUGAUUAUAAUAAAUAUAUUAUAUCACCAGCAAAUAUUAUAUAUCUUAUUAAACCACCUGUAGAAUAUAAACAACCAAUAUUUAUUUUACCAUAUAAUCCAGAUUCUAAUAUAUAUAUUAAAGAAUACUUUAUUCAAAUUUCUGUCAUGUUACAAUAUUUUCCUAAAAAUUCUAAACCACCAGUAAAAUCAAUAGAUAAUUCUAUUACAAUUUAUAAAGAAUUUAAUGAUAAUACAUGUUCUAUUGUAUAUCUUUUUGAUAAUCAAAAGGCUAAUUAUGAAUUUUAUACUGGUAAAGAAGUUAUUUUUUAUAGAAUAAUUCAAGUUAAUAAAAAUGUUUUUAAAUUAUCAUUUGAAAUAUAUGCUCCAUGGAGUAAGAUUGUAACAAAAGAAUAUAAAUUAACAAGAUUAUUUGUUGUUUUCCCAAAAAUUGAAGGAAUAAAAUUUGAAGAAAAUAUUGACUAUACAUUUAUUAAUCAUCCUGUUACUUUUAAUCCACCAAAUAGAUAUGUUAUAAUUUUACUUUCAUCUGGUCAAUGGCCAAUAUUAACAACAACAACAACUACAACAACAACACCAAAACCAGAAUUUAAAGUUAAUUAUAUUUAUAAAGCAUCAAAACUUAUACCUGGAAUAAUUGUUGCACCAAUAAUAGAAAAUAUUAUACCAAAAACUACUUAUUAUAAAGAUCAUAUUACAAUUUAUGUUAAAUCAAAAUCUCAAAAUAUUAAUUUUGAAGUAAUUAAAAAUAAUAAGGAUGUUGUUCCAAUUGUAUCAUCAAAUAGUGAUAAUGUUACUAUUUAUAUAAAAAUGAUAAAAAUGAAAGGAAGUAAGGAUAAAUAUUUCUUUAGAUUUUUUGUUUCACUUUAUGAAAAAUGUAAAGAUAAUAAUUGUAUGUUACCAAAAAUUUAUAUAAUUCCUGAUAAUUAUAAAAAACAAAUUAUUACUACUGAAAGUAUUAUUUAUCUUCAACAAUAUAAUACAAAAUUCAUUUAUGUAUAUAAUCCAUAUACAAUUAGUUAUGUUAACAAUUAUGAUUAUGAAACAUCAUUUGAUAUUGUUUAUCAUGAUCAUGAAGAAUCACUUCCAUUAGUUAAAACUUUUUAUAAUAAACCAACAAUUUAUGUUUUAUAUAAUCCAAAUCAAUCACCAAUUACUUUUGUUCAAAUUCAUAAUGUUAAUGAAACAAAUACAAAACCAUAUAUUGGAGAAACUGUAUAUUUUUAUACUGUAACUAAAACUUCUGAUGAAAAAAUUUUGUAUACAUUUUAUUUGUAUGCACCAUGGAGUGAUAUCAUAAACAAUAAAUUAACAUUAAAAAAUUUAUACAUUGUUUUACCAAAUGAAAAUUUUGAUCAAAAUAUUUAUGUUGAAUAUAUUGAAUGUCCUGAAAGUGUACCAGCAUACAAAAAACCAGUUGUUUUAGUUGCACCAUUUGGUGUAAAAGAAUGGCCACAAGUACCACUUUAUCCUGGAAAACCAAGUCAAGCAAUAAUUGCUGUUCCACCAAAACCAGGUGUUAUUAAUUAUCCACUUUAUUCAGGAAAUUCAGUACCAACAAAAAGUCAUACUAAAAAUGAUAUAACUUUCUUUGUUCGUAAAAAUUCUUUAAUGGUUUGUGAAUAUGAAAUUGAAGAAUUUAGAGGAACUGGAUCACCAAGUAUUGAUGGUCUUCAUAGAAAAAUAUAUAUUUUUGUUAAAUUUGUCAAACUUCCAACUACUAAUGAGGAGUAUGAGGUAAAAUUAUAUGUUUUUAUUCCAUGGCAACAUAUUACAAAAAUGGGAUUAGAGUUUCCUUUAGUUAAUGUUAUUGGACCAGAUCACAAAAAAAUUUUCAUAAGAUCUGAUAAUGUAUUUUAUUUAAAUCCAUUACAAAAUGUUGCUUUCCAAAGAAACUUUAUUAGUAUGUAUAAUCCUGAAUUAGGAAUAUAUACUAAAGAUUAUAAUGUUGAUACUAAUAUAUAUCUUCAAUUUAUAAAUAUGUUACCACGAGCAAUUCCAAUUGACUGGAGACCAACAAUUUGGAAACCAAUUCCACAACAAGGACCAUCUAAAUUCCAAAUUAUUUAUUUACAAAAUGGUGAAUCACCAAAUCCUAAAGCUAAUUCUAAUAAUGAAGUUGUUUAUUAUUCAACAACUACAACAGUUGAUGGAAGAUUUCAAUAUACAUUAUAUUAUCAAGUUCCAUUUUUAUUAGUUGAUAAAAAAGAAUAUCAAUGUACUAAUGUAUAUUUUGUUGUACCAAGAACUGGAAAAUUUGCUAGAAAAAUUGAAAUUAAUUAUUUAAAUAGACCAAAAAAUAUUCCUCAAGAUAAAUGUAUAAUUGUUUCUUGUCCAUCAAAUAAAAUUGAAUGGGUUUAUCCAACAACAACAGUUAAACCAACUACAACAACAACUACAACUACAACAAUUCCACCACCAGUACAAGUAAUUCCAACAUCAUAUCCUGGUAAUGGAAUAAAAAUCAUUACAUAUGAUACAAAUAUUGGAAGACCAAAUCCUUCUACUGAAGAUACUAUUAUAUAUGUACCACAUAGUGGAACACCAACAAUUGAUUAUAUCUUUGAAGUAUAUAAUGGAACAAAUAUACCAUCUAUUAAUGGAUUAGAUAAAAAGAUUAAAAUAUUUGUUAAAUAUUUAACUAUUCCUGAAGCUCCACAUAUUUUUAAAAUGAUAUUCUUUACUUAUGUACCAUGGGAUAUGUUAUCAAAAGAAAAUAAAAAACUUCCACAAUUUUAUGUUUCUGCUUCAAAAGAUAAAAUUAUUUUUGGACCAGAUUCUAUUUUCUAUUUAAAUUCACCAAAUCCAUAUCCACCAGUAUUUAUUAUUCCAUAUGACUGGAAUAUCUUACAAUAUAUUGAAAAUUAUAGUCCAGAAGUUAAUAUAAUGAUAAAAUAUAUCUCAUCAGAUGAAAUACCUCCAGCUUCACCAAUUUAUGGUCGUGUUGGUAUAUAUAAAAGAGGAAAACCAAUAAUUUUCUUCUAUCGUUCAGAUAGAAAUGCCCCUAUUGAUGUUAAUAAUUUCUCCAAUAAAGAAGUUAUUUAUUAUAGUUAUGAAAUAAUGGCAAAUGGAAAAUAUAAUUUAAUAUUAGAUGUUUAUGUACCAUGGCAUUCACUUUUAAGAAAUGAUACAAAACCAGAAACUACUUUUGUAUAUACACCACAUCAUCAUAAAUACUUUAAUCCAAUAUGUCAAGUUAAUUGGAUUAAACGUCCAAUUGGUUUUCCAGAUCAUUUGAAUCCUAUUAUAAUUACAAAUGGUAAAAUGGAUAGAUAUCCAGUAUAUACACAUCCACAACCAAAUGAACCUAUGGAUCUUAUUGUUUUUGAAGAAAGUCUUCCAAAUAUAGGUAAACCAACAUAUCCAGUUCUUUAUGUUCCAAAUCCUCAAAUAUAUUCUGGAAGAAAAAUUGAUGUUGAAUUGAUUCAUAUUAAUGAACCAUCUGAUAUUAAAAUUAACAAUUCAAAAAAUGUUUUAAUUUUCUAUAGAUAUGUUAAACGAAAUCAUAAUAAUAUAAAAUAUGCUAUUGAAUUAAAUGUAUACUGUCCAUGGAAUCUAUUUAUAGAAGGAAAAAUAGAACUUUCUGUUAUUUUUAUUAAAAUUCCAUCAAGUCAAUAUAUUGAUUCAGUGGUAAUUAAAAAGUUUAUUAAAAUACCUGAAAAUAUACCAGAAGAAAAGAAACCAAUAAUUGUUAUUAUUAGACCAGAUGAGAAUAAUCCUAAUUUUGAUAAAAUUGCAUCAAUAAUUAGAUUAAAUGUUUCUCCUUUAGCCAAAGGUCAAAAACCAUCAGAAGGAGUUAAAUCAUUCCAUCCAUCAAUAUUUAUUCAACAAUCUGAUGAUAAAGUUCUUCCAACAACUGUUAUAAAAUUAGAAUCAAAUAAUGAAAAAAAAUUAGUAACAGAUGAAAAUAAAAUUAUAUUAUAUUAUCGUGUUGAAAAGAAUGAUAAGAAAGAAUAUAUUUUUAAGAUUUAUUAUUCUGCACCAUGGAAACAAAUUACUAAAAGACAAUCAUUUAUUCCACCAAUGUAUAUAUAUAUACCAAGAAAUCAUUUAUUCCUUCAACCACAAAUUUCAAUUGAAUAUAUUGGAGAUAAAAAUGAAAUUGAUAAAACUUUUGGUGGAAUUGAUAAUAUUAGUAAAACAAAAUUAAUACCUGGUUAUUCUUAUACAUAUAAUAAAUAUGAUAAAUUUAUUUAUCCAGGAUUAUCUCUUAAUGUUGAAUAUAUUGAUAGUGAUUUACCUAUUCCAAAUAUAGAAAUAAAUAAUCAACCAACAAUUUAUAGAAAAAAGUUUGGUAAUGGAACAAAACCUAUAUUACAUUUAAUAAAAUUAAAAAAAGGUGAAAAUCCUGAUAUAACAAAAUAUAAAAAUAAAGAAGUAAUAUUUUAUAUGUAUAAGAAACCAUCUGCAUAUGAAGAAAAAUAUAAAUUAUAUUUAUAUAUUUAUGCAAAUUGGGAAUUAAUUAUAUCAUCAUCUAGUAAUGAUCUUGAAUAUUAUUUCCAAACAUUAUUUGUAUUUAUUGAUAAAAAUAAUUAUUUAGUUACAAAACCAGCUAAUAUAGAAUUUAUUAAUAUACCUAGUGAUAUUAUUCCAUAUACAGGUAAUAUGUGUAUUGAAAAUAAUCCAUCAUUCCCAUUAAAUAUUGAUUGUAAAUUUUGUGAAAAAAUUAAAAAUGUUGAAUUUGUAUAUCUUCAACCAGAUGAUAUAGUACCAUCAGAAGCUAAAAAAAAUCAUCCAACAGUUUAUAUUAAAAAAAGAGGUUAUUAUGAUAAAAAAAUUAAUACAAAAGAAUUAAAGAAUGAAGAAGAAUUGUCAUCAGAUUUAGGAGAUACACCAACAAUUAUGUAUAAUUUUAAUAAGAAAUCUAAUGGUAAACUUCAAUUAAUUAUAUAUUAUUAUGCUCCAUGGAAUAAAAUUGUUAAUAGAGAAAUAAUUGUUCCAGAUAUUUAUGCAUAUAUACCAAAACCAAGUAAAUAUUAUGAAGAUCCUGCAAUUAUUAAAUAUAUUGGAGAUUUUUCAUUAUUACCUGAAGAAAAAGCUCCAAAAGGAGUGAUUUCAACUUAUCAUCAUCCAUCAAAAGCAUAUACACCAAUUAUUUAUCCAGGAUUAAAAUUAAUGCUUAAAUAUGUUAAGGCAAAUGCUGAUGUACCACUUGAAACUUAUAAAAAAUAUCCAACAUUAUAUAAAAAAAUGGAUGAAAAUGGAAAUAAACCAAAGAUUACAUUAAUACCAUUUACUGGAGAAAUAAAAAUGAAUAAAGAAAGAAAAAAUGAUGAAACAAUAAUAUAUUAUACUUAUGUUAAAUUCCCAAUGAAUAAUAGAAAGUAUAGUCUUCAAUUAUUUGUUGAUGGACCAUGGAAACUAUAUCAAAAUAAAGAACUUGAAAAUCAUAAUAUUUUCUUAUUUAUUGAUAUUCAAGAUCAACUUGUAAAAAAACCAGCUAUUGUAACAUAUCUUAAUCAAGAUGAAAAUACUCAUGAUGCAUUAAAACAUAGUGUUAUUGAAGAUUAUUCUAAUGAAAAUUAUCCUGAUGGUAUUGUUAUUGAUGCUUUAUUAAAAAGUGGAAUUGAAAAAGUAACUCAUACUGUUCCAACAGAAGGUUACCGUGGAUUACCAUCUAUAUAUGAAAGAGUUAGAGGUGAUGGAUUUAAAUUUGUAGAAUUAAAAAAGAAUGAAGAACCAAAAAGUACUAGUGAGCCAACAGUAUUUAUUAAAUUUGAAAAAACUUCUGGUAAAGAAAAGAAAUAUGAUUUUAUUAUUUUUGUUAGUGCACCAUGGGACAAAGUUAUAAAGAGAGAAAUUUUAUUGUCUGAUCUUUAUGUUAUUGUACCAAGAGAUCAUACUUUUGUAAAUAAGAAACCAAUCAUUAAUUAUCUUGGAUCAUUUGAAACACUUCCAAAUGGUAAAUCACCAGAAGGAUUUGUCUCAGUCUAUAAUCAUGAUUCCUACAACUUUAGUGAAAUUUUAUAUCCUGGUUUAAAAGUUGAAAUGGAUCAUAUUAAAGCUAAUCAAUCACCACCUACUGAAUAUUUAACUAAAUAUCCAACAAUAUAUAAAAAAUCAUUCCCAAAUGGUUCUAAGAGUAUGGCUACACUUAUUGAAUUUAAUAAUGAUAAAAAAAUUAAUAGUAUGUCUAAUCAAGAUGAUAAAACAAUAUUAUAUAAAUAUAUUAGAGAAAAACCUACAUCAAUGAAAUAUAAUUUAGAAAUUACAUUCUUUGAAGAUUUCCAUGAUGUUUUAUCAUUUAAAAAGUUUUUACAAACAACAUUUAUUUAUGUUAAAACAGAUGAUCCACUUAUUAAUAAACCAGCAAAAUUAUCUUUCUUUGGUAUACUAGGACCAAAGAAAAAACUUAUUGAACAAGCUUUUUAUGAAAAUAAUAACAAUACUAAUUAUCCAGAUGUCAAUAAUCCAUAUGAAGAUAAAGGUUAUAAACUUGAAACUAAAACAUUAAACCCUAAAGAUACAAUUCCAAGAAGUAGUAAAAAUAAUGAACCAACAAUUUAUAUUAGAUCAAGAACAUCAAAUGAUGUAAUACCACAAAUAAAAUUAUGGAAUAAUAAAGAUGAACCAAAUGGUCUUGGAGAUGGUGAUCAACCAAUUAUUUAUUAUCAAUUUAUGGAAAUAAAGAAAAAUUCAGAAAAUGAUCCAAAAUAUAAAUUAAAAAUAUAUUAUUAUGCACCAUGGUAUAAAGUAGAAAGAAGGCAAAUUAUUCUUCCACAAGUUUAUGUUUAUAUUCCAAAAAAUCAUCCUUAUGUUGAUUCAAAACCAUCAAUUAAAAAUAUUGGUGAUUUUUCAGAAUUAGAUAGUAAAACUUCCCCAGAACCAUGUAUUUCAUAUUAUGAUCAUUCAAAAGAUAAAUAUAGUUCUUUCUCUUAUCCAGGAUUAUUACUUGAUUUAUCAUAUCUUAACAAACUUAAUACAUUACCACCAAUAAAUAAUAAAUUUAUUCCAACAAUGUAUAAGAAAAGUUAUUUAGAUGGAACGUAUCCAGAUAUAUCUAUUAUGAAAUUAAAAAUUAAUCAAGAACCAAAAGAAGAAAGUAAUGAUAAACAAAAUAAUAAAGAAAAUGUUUAUUAUAAGUAUGUUAAUCUUAAUGAUACAGAUCCAAAGUUUACAUUAAUGUUGUAUAUUCAAGCACCAUAUGACAAAUUAAUAGAUGGAUCUGCUUACUUCCAAACAGCAUAUAUUAUGGUUAAUCCAACUGAUCCAAUUAUUAGUAAUGAUGUUAAAUCUAAAUUUAUGAAAUGUCCAUUUGAUGAUAAAAUUAUUUCUCCAGCGAUUGUAUCAAGUGACUCUAAUGGAAUGAUAACAAAUCAACCACUUAAUUACUUUGAUGAUUCACUUCAUCAUGUAGAUACUUUUACUUUACCAACAUCUGAAGAUAUUCCAAAAAAAUCUAGAAAUAACAAUUUGUUUGUUACUAUUUAUGAACGUCCUCGUAGUUCUAUUAAUCUUAAGUAUAAUUAUAAAUCACAUCCAAUAAAUGCUACAACAUCUCCUAGUUUUACAGAACUUGGAAAUCAACCACAUAUGUGGUAUCAAAUUAAAAGAGUAAUGAAUAUUAAUAAAAAGUAUGAUGAUAUUAAAAAUGUUUUUACACAUCAAAUUACUUUUUAUAUUUAUAAUAAUUGGGUUGCUGUUGAAAAAAGAGAUAUAUUUAUUCCUGAUAUAUAUAUUUAUAUUCCAAAUACAAUUGGAAACUUUGAAAUUAUUAAAAAAUAUUUAGGUAUUCAAGAGGGUGGUAAACAUUUAGAAAUACCAAAACAAUUAAUAUCAAAUUAUAAUCAUGAUAAAAAUCAAUAUCCAGCUAUAGAAUAUCCAGGUUUAACAAUUUCAUUAGAUUAUUUGGAAAAAAAUGAGAAAAUUCCCACAGUAUAUAUAAAUAAUAGACCAACAAUUUAUAAAACAAAAUAUAAUAAUGGAAUGAAGCCAAAAGUUGAAAUGGUAAAAUUAAAUAAUAAUGAGACACCUAAUACUAAGAAAUUUACUGAUAAUGAAGUUAUAUUUUAUAGUCAUAAAAAAACACCAAAAACAACUGAAGUUAAAUAUAUUCUAUAUUUAUAUAUUUAUGCUCCAUUUGAAGCUAUAUUAAAGGGUAACAAAUUCUACCAAACAUCAUAUCUUUAUAUUGAUAAAAAUGAUGAUCUUAUUGAAAAAAAUGCUAAGGUAGAAUAUCUUGGAGUUCCAGAAGGUAUGAAUAAAUUAGAUUGUUUAUUACAACAACAUAAAGAAAAUGGUUAUCCAGAUGAUUGUACAAAUCCAUUUGCUGAACCAGAAUAUACUAUUGAAACUGAAAAAUUAAAACCAACAGAUGACAUUCCAACUGUUGGAAAAAAUAAUAAUCCAACAAUUUAUGUUAGACCAAGAGAUGACAAAGACAUAAGUAUUGAUGUUCUUCCAAUGGCUAAUAAAACUACUCCACCAACAAAACCAACAAUUUAUUAUGGUUUUGUUACAAGAAAACUUCAUCAAGCAACAAUUCCUGUUUUUACAUUAUAUUAUCAUGUUGAUUGGGAAAUGGUUAAAAACUUUAAAUUUACAUUACCAGAAGUUUAUGCUAUCAAUGGUGAUAGUAAAUAUCCAUUACCACCAGAGGGAAUUUUCCCUGGAGCGGAGAAAUAUAAUGAUAAAGAUAUUACAGGAUUAAUUAGUUGUUUUAAAGAUGGAAAAUAUCCUCAAAUAACAUAUCCAUUUAUAAGAACAAGAAGUGAAACUUUAGAAAAUACUAUAAAAUCAAUACCAACAAAAGAAAUUAAUAGUAGACCAACAAUUUAUUUAAAAAAGACUCAAGAUAAUAUUGAACACAAGUAUGAUUUAGUUUAUCUUUCUUACAAUAUGAAACCAAAUACAGCUGGAUAUCGUGAUAAGAGAGUUAUAUUUUAUAGAUAUAUUAAAAAAGAUAAACCAACAUCAUUAAAAUAUCAAUUAGAAAUCUUUAUGUUAGCACAAUGGAAUGAUAUUCAUGAAAGAAAUAUGUUAUAUGAAGUACCAUAUAUUUAUAUAUCUAAAAAUAAUAGAUUCUUCUUACCUGAAGCUAAAGUAAAAAUGUUAGAAUUACCUACUGCUGUUUAUGAACAAGAUGUUGCUCCAUUACAAUUUAAUCACAAAACUAAUAAAUAUCCUCAACAUUUAUGUUAUUAUUGUAUUCAACCAUAUGUCUUAAAACUUGAAACAUUAAAACUUAAACAAGAAUCACCAAAUAGAAUCAAUGAUAGAAUUCCUAGAGCUUUUAUGGAAAAAAAUUCAAAUGCUGUUAUUUCAUUUGAUAUUGCACCAUUACCUAAAAAUAUUGAUUUUGAUAAUCAUUAUACAUAUGGUCCACAAUUAUAUUAUAAAUAUAUUGGUGAAAAAAAUGAUCGUAAACGUACACUUCAUAUUUAUACAUUUACUGAUUGGUUACCUAUUAGAAAGGGUAGUAUUGUACUUCCAACAAUUCGUAUAUUUUUACCUAAAGAUUCAAGUCCAAUUGAGAAGAGUGAUUAUUAUUCAAUUAGAAGUAGUGAAGAAGUAUCAAAAUUACCAAUAUUUUCAUUUUAUGGUUAUGUUCAUCCAGAAAGUAGAUUUUAUAAUGAAAAAAUUAUUUUACAUCAUUAUGAAAUAAAAAGAGGUGGUUCUAUUUCUGAACCAGUAACUACCAAAAGACCAGUUGUACAUAAUAAACCGGUAAAAAAAACAGAAAAAACAAGAAAAGUAACAAAAGCUACAACAAAGAAAGUUACAAAAGUUACAAAAAAGAAAGUUACAAAAGUUACAACAAAGAAAGUUACAAAACGUAUAAAGAAACAAAUAACAAAGUCAUCUAAGAAACCUCAUAAAAAAGGUGUUUGUAAUAUCAAGACAAAACAUGUAUGUAGAAAAUGUGGCACAAGACCAAAAACAGCAAACAAAUCAAAGUUGAAGGAACAUAAAAGAUGUAGGCAACGAUUCCAGUCAUCAUUUACACUUCAUCAUCGUUUUCCUAAUUAUGGAAUUUUUUUAAAUAUCUACUAUAAUCUUUAUAUAAAUAAGACUGAUGUAAGAAUAUUAGAAUUUUUAAGAACAUAUUCAAAUGUUUGUCAAUUAGUUGGAACAUUUUUUCUUAGUUUCAAUAGAUUUACUUCAUUAGCUUAUCCUAUUAAACAUAAAUUUCUAUGGGAAAAAUUAUUGCCAUUCUCUUUGAUAACAAUUUUUUUGUUACCACUUAUUUUAACAUGGCCAAUUUUAUGUGACAAAAUGUGUUAUGUUUUACAAAAUUCAUCAAAUAUAAAAAUUGGAUUUAGAGCAAAAUGGAUAACGAAUUAUGCAGCAUGGUAUAACUCAUUUUUAAUAAUGAGCAUAUUAACUUUUAUUUUUAUUUUUGCAAGUCUUUUAAUUAAUAUGUCUACAUUAUUAAUUUUAGUAAAAAUAAGUAAAGGAAGUAAUAAAAUAAAUGGUAAUGGUAAUGUAAAAACAAAAUUUAAUUUUAUCCGAGAACGCAAUUUCUUUUUAACAGCAUUUAUUAGUUUUAUUGGACAAUUAAUUCUAGGAAUUGAUAACUAUGUUAGUGGUUAUUUUAGUAAAAAUGCACAAUAUGACAAUUUUUAUAUUAUGGUUAUGAUAUUUCCAAUUGUUAAUGAUUUAUCAAUCUUUCCAGGUACCUGGAUAUUGUUAUACGUUUCAACACCAAUCAGAAAAUUUAUUUUUAAAAAAAUAAGGAAAAAGGAAAGACUUCCAGAUACAACUUAUCCAGUAAAUUGCACAGUUGUUAGACGUAGUCUAGUAAUUUAA